AAAAACAAAAACCCAUACUCAAGCUCCGCUGUUACGCAUUCGUAAAGCAUCAUUUAGAGAGAGAGAGAGAGAGAGAGAGAGAGAGAGAGAGAGUUGAUCAAGAAGCCCAUCUCAUCUCAUUCUAUACUCCCUCUCCAUCAUGAUUAAUCAAUUCAUUUUGGGAGCUUUUGUAGCUUCUGUAGUUGGGUUAGUCGGAUUUGUGUUGUUAUACAGCCAGCUAAUUAUCAGGCGGGAGAGGAAGAGAUACGCUCCACCAUCGCCGGCCGCUAAUCGGAUAGCCGAAAGGAAGGAUCACCAGUACAUUAAGACGUCGGUUAACAACGUUGAUGGUCCGGCGUCGGCGAAUGAGAAGAGUGUAAGCGAUGUCAUCAUCGUUGGUGCGGGGGUUGCCGGGUCGGCUUUGGCUUACACUCUUGGCAAGGAUGGACGCAGAGUGCACGUGAUAGAGCGGGACCUGAGUGAACCAGACAGGAUUGUUGGUGAACUUUUACAACCCGGCGGGUACUUGAAAUUAAUUGAGUUAGGUCUUGAAGAUUGUUUGAGAGAUAUUGAUGCUCAACAAGUUUUUGGAUAUGCCCUGUACAAAGAUGGCAAGGAUGCUAGGCUGUCUUAUCCCUUGGAGGAAUUUGACUCGGAUAUUUCAGGCAGGGGCUUUCAUAAUGGGCGUUUUAUUCAAAGGAUGAGAGAGAAGGCUGCAACCCUCCCAAAUGUAAGACUGGAACAGGGGACUGUUACAUCUUUGAUUGAAAAGAAAGAAAUUAUUAAGGGGGUGCAAUACAAGACUAAAGAUGGCCAGGAAAUGACAGCUUAUGCCCCACUCACCAUAGUUUGUGAUGGCUGCUUUUCAAAUUUGCGACGAUCCCUGUGUGAUCCCAAGGUGGACAUCCCUUCUUAUUUUGUGGGUUUGAUCCUGGAAAACUGUCAACUUCCCUAUGUUGAUCAUGGCCAUGUUGUCCUGGCGGACCCUUCACCUAUCUUGUUCUAUCAAAUAAGCAGCACCGAGACUCGCUGUUUGGUUGAUGUUCCUGGACAGAAGGUGCCUUCCAUUUCGAAUGGUGAAAUGGCCAAUUACUUAAAGACUGUGGUGGCCCCUCAGAUCCCUCCUCAGCUUUAUGAUGCUUUCAUAGCAGCUAUUGAGAAAGGAAACAUAAGAACGAUGCCAAACAGAAGCAUGCCAGCCAAUCCACAUCCAACUCCGGGUGCCCUGUUAUUGGGGGACGCAUUCAACAUGCGCCAUCCUUUAACAGGAGGAGGAAUGACUGUUGCUCUUUCUGACGUUGUUGUGCUUCGCGAUCUCCUAAGACCUUUGCAUGACUUGCACGAUGCAACCACUUUGUGCAAGUAUCUCGAGUCCUUUUACACUCUCCGAAAGCCUGUGGCAUCGACAAUAAAUACACUGGCGGGCGCCCUUUACAAAGUUUUUUGCGCAUCUCCGGAUCCAGCAAGAAACGAAAUGCGCCAAGCUUGUUUCGACUACCUAAGCCUUGGAGGCGUUUUCUCAAGUGGACCUGUGGCUCUUCUUUCUGGCCUAAACCCAAGACCCUCAAGUUUGGUGCUCCAUUUCUUUGCUGUGGCUGUAUAUGGGGUCGGCCGUUUAUUAAUUCCAUUCCCCUCACCAGGUCGAAUGUGGUUGGGAGCAAGAUUGCUUUCGGGCGCGUCAGGAAUUAUAUUCCCUAUAAUUCGGGCGGAAGGAGUUAGGCAGAUGUUCUUCCCAGCAACUGUUCCAGCCUACUACAGAGGUCCCCCUCUUGAUUAAUUCAGCAAAUGUACAAUUUGUCUCCUUAUUUUGUACUAUUCAAUAAUGUAGUAAGAAUCAGUCAUGGUCUGGCCAAAAUUGUGGAAAUAUAUAUAUAUAUAUAUAUUUACUGUAUAGCGUUUGUUGUUGUACUGGCUAUUAUUGAUUAUUCUUGACUCUGGAAUAACAUUCCUUGCAAAACUGUAUCAAAUUACUGAUGAGCUUUUUAAUCCCA